CCACCACUACCCCACAUUAUCUUCCCUCCAUUUUUUUUUUACUACCAUGAAAUCCAAACUCACUAUCUCAUGGCCAUUCUCCUGUCCCUCUCUCCUCACCACCACCCUCCUCCUCUAAACCCUCCACAAAAUCCAAACCCCAAUAGCCCAAAACCAACCCCUCAAGCCAGUAGCCUCCCCAGCACCAUCUCUAAGAGACAGUUCAUCUUCAAAACUACUUCACUUUGUCUCAUUUCCUUAGCCACUCAACACCCUCUUGCACAAGCCUUAGCUGAACCUUCUCCACCUUUAAAAUCUGUUCUUUCUAUCCUUGCCAAUACAAAAUCUUGGUUUCAGUUCUAUGGUGAUGGUUUUGCCAUCAGGGUCCCUCCUCAAUUUGAGGACAUCAUGGAACCAGAGGAUUACAGUGCUGGGCUGUCUUUAUAUGGAGAUAAGGCAAAGCCAAAGACCUUUGCAGCCCGUUUUGCAUCUUCUGAUGGAUCUGAAGUUCUAAAUGUUGUCGUUCGCCCUUCCAAUCAACUGAAGAUCACCUUCUUAGAGGCUAAAGAUAUUACUGAUUUGGGAUCGUUGAAGGAGGCUGCAAAACUCUUUGUUCCAGGUGGGACAACUUUAUACUCUGCCCGUACACUAAAAAUAAAAGAAGAGGAAGGUUACAGGACUUAUUACUUCUAUGAAUUUGGCAGAGAUGAACAGCAUGCGGCACUAGUAGCUGUGGUCAACAGUGGAAAGGCAAUUAUCGCAGGAGCAACUGCCCCACAGUCAAAAUGGGACGAAGAUGGUGUAAAGCUUCGGUCUGCUGUUAUUUCACUGACAGUUCUGUAGGAAUCUGCUCGGCAUCUGAUUUUCCAGUAGAACCUGUUGCAUAGUGGAUUGAGGAGGCAUUCUAAACAAGCCACGAGCACAGAGAUUCACUUUCAUGCAAUCCAUUAUUUGUUCUGAUUUGUAAAGGUCAGCUAUCAGCAGCUUACUUUCACCGACAGCAUACGGCUUAUAGAGAGGAUGAUUUGAUUUGAGGGAUGUUUUUUCCUUCGCGUUCGUAUUAGGAAAGUUCUUAACCAUGUGGUUGUAAUAAAAUUUUGAGUGCAACACAAUUUUUACUUCAUUUUCGACAAUCCAUUAGCUGUAAGCGGAUGCUGGGUGAGUUCUUUUCACUUUGAUUUUGAAUACUUUUGAUUUUGACUCAUUCAAUUUCAUUGUACUCCUGAAAUGCUUCCACAUGAUCUAUUGAUUGUCAUGAUGUCUAGACAUUUAUCUCA